CAGACAUCCUGCGUCAACUGUCUUUUACUGCCUUCCCGGCCCUCAGGAUAACAAGAAUAAAAUCCGUAACGGGCAACCUCUCAACACGGUGCUUUGCGGUUGGGAAGGGGUAGAGAGGUGUCGCCAUGGUAACGCGUCACUGGAGUGGAGGUGCAGUUUGUGCAUUGGGAUGGAGGGAGAGAGGAUGUUUUUACCACAGAGGAAGAUAAAAUUAUUAACUAAACCGCAAAUGAAAUAGUAAUGAACAGCCUGUCAUCGAUUCCAUUGCUCUGCAUUUAAGAACAGAGCAAACUAGAUUAUAUUGCAUGAAAUAUAGAAGUCGGAAGAUCGAAAUCCCGGAAAAAGAAAGUUUUAACGAAAGUUGGUAGUCAAUUACUGUUAGACUUAAAGAAAGGCUGCGAGCUGGUGAUGGAAGGCAAUACCCCGGACAGUGGGCACAAGGCAAAGUCGGCCACGAAGUUCACCGGUGAUUCGGCGGUAAAGAAGAAAAUCAAGAAAAAGGGAGUGAAAGAGAAAAAGAAUUCCCGCAAAACAAGGAGAAACUCUUCAAGUACGCCAUUAACCUCAGCCGAAACAGUAAUGGCUCAUAAACAUGGGAAAAGCAGCAAACCCCAUGCAUCUACGGCACCUCCAAGCAUUGAAACAUCAUCCAGUAAAGGGGAUAAAAAGUCAUGUCCAGACCCCAUGGAAAACUGUGUUAAAUCUAAUGAAGGUAACAAAGAUCACACUGAUGUAUCCUCCAUCGACCAACUUGCUACCUCUGUAAAUGAGUCUCUGCGGUGGGAUGGAGUUCUUGAUGACCCUGUGGCAGAAGAGGAGAGGAUCAAGCUUUACAAACUAAAUCGGCAGUUGAGGUACCUGGCAGCCCAGAACAGCAUGCGCAGGGAGAUCCAGUUGUGCCGAAAGAACCUUUCUGAAACUCGGAGUCCUAAGGAGAAUCCAUACGUCACCACCAGUAAAAUCUACCAGCAACUAGCCUCAAAAGAUCACGCAAACUCUUAUUUUAUGGGGUAAAGUGCCUUAAGUACAAAAUGUAUUUAAGUGUAUGCAGUCAAAGGAACUAAUCCUCCAACCACAGACAUUCUCUCAUAGUUGGAAAGCUACACACAUUCAUGUAAACUGGGUUUAAAAUCACCUUGAUGUUUGAUGGUGUCUGCAAGUGCCCGAGAAAUAUCCUAAAUAGAAUCAACCAAAAUUGAAGUUGGUGGGGUAACAUCUUGUUUUACAUUUCAUUUUCAGGUUCAGAAACUGGCAUGCACCUUAAGAUUGAAACAAUCAAGAUAGGGUUAGAUUAUUACAGCGCUUAAGAAUUUUUUUAAUUAAGGAAAAUUACUCAGUCUGAGUUUCUAUUUUUGGAAAAAAUAAGAUCCCUGCUUCUAAAAGGUCCUUCCUAGUUUCAUUACAAUUAUUAUGAGCACAAAUGGUAAAAUAAUUGGUGCAGUCUAAUGGCUCUCUUCUCCCUCUUGUAAAUUCAGACCAAAUCAAACUUGAGCUGUUUGAACAGAUGUCUGUAAUUGAUAACCCACUUUUUUGUGUCUUAGUCUUGUUCUUUAGUGAGAGAUGUUAUGAAAUGGUGAUAAUCUGAUUUUAAGGUGGAGUAAAGCCCCCAUCUUCUCAUGUUCACCCAGUAAAGUUAAGGAUCCUUUCACUGGCAGGCACAGUAUCAACUAAUUUGAACGUGUGGGUCGUAAGAUCAUCAAUCAAAGAUUUCUGCAUCCCACGUCUAUGCUCUUGCAAGAGUCCCAAGGUUUAGUGACUUGUAAGAGGCUAGGCCAGUUCUGCAGUUUCUCUCAAAUAAGGUGAUCAAACUGUUGAUUAAGUAGUCCUCCAUUCAGGUGAGAAAUCAUGUAAUAAAACCAUUUCUGGCUGCUCCGCCACCCCACCCUGAGGCUAUGAGUGGCCUAUGUCCAGCAUGUGCAGUACUUUGAAUUGGACCCGCCUUCUAAAUGGCUCAUCCAGUUCUUUCUAAUAAUGCAGGUUAACUAAAUUUACACCAAGACAUUUCAACAAACCAACUUAAGUUGAAAGGUGAGAUGCUACUGGGUACUAAGAUAACUUGUAUAGAUUUUGAAAAGUCAUUUAAAAUUUUAAUAAGGUAGUGAUUUCUUUAUUUACUAUAUGUGUGUAUUUCAAAAUUAUAAAUCCAAAACCAAUGUAAGUGUAUUGCAUGCACAAAAAUACCUCACCCAGGUUAUUUUUACAAGUUGCCAACAACUUCUGAUAUGUAUAACUAUUAGCAAAACCCAAGUCCCUGAAGACCAAAAUCUGCAAAAGACAGAAUGUGUGAUAUAUUCAGCAGGCCAGGCUGUGUUUGGAGAAUCAGAAUGUUUCAGACCAAUAAUCAUUCUUGUGGAAUGGAGGGAAGAUUCUAAUGAAAGAUAAUGGAUAUGAAAGAUCAACUCUUCCUUACUUUACAACUUCUGACUGGGACUACUGUAUUUUUUUUAUUUCUAAAUUAAUAUUUGUCUGGCUGAUGUAGUUCAUCAAGCACUUAAUUUGUGAUAACUGAACUAUGUAACCACAGAUCAAGCAUUAUAGCAAUGCCAUGGUUUCUAAAGAUUACACACAAAGAUAAAACAAACAUGCUAUUAACAAAGGAAUAUAUAUUGGCAAUGGCCCAAUCAGCACCUUCUUGGACAAGGCAGCACAUUUUAUUUGCAUUCCAACCUCCAUUUUAAACAUUCACAUCCUCCUUAACCAGCACAUCAUUCUGCAGUGGAUUUCCUCAACAAGAUGCUCUGUCACAACUCGCCAAGGUUCUUUCAAAAGCAUCUCACAAGCUCCUGGCCUAAUAUAUUCUGAGGGUGGUAUGGUAGCGUAGUGGUUAGCAUGAUGUUUUACAGCAUAGGCAACCUGUGUUCAAUUUCCACUGCUGCCUGUAAGGAGUUUGUACAUUCUCCCUGUGACUGUGUGGGUUUCCUCCAAGUGCUCUAAUUUCCUCCCACAGACAAAGACGUACCAGGUGGUGAUGCACCAUCAAUAACUCACACUGAGACGUAAGGUGAGAUAUCGGCUUUUAUUGACUGGAAGAAGGAACCAGGAGUGAGUGUCCAUCAUACUAUGAUCUGGAGACUGAGGCCGAGCGUCAGGCCUCAGGUCGCCUUUAUACAGGGGCCUGUAGGAGGAGCCACAGGAGCAGUCAGCAGGGGGCGUGUCCAGACAGGCACAUAGUUCACCACAGGUGGUAGGUUAAUUGGUCUUUGUAAAUUGUCCCAUGAUUAGGCUUGAUUAAAUAGGGGGAUUGCUGGGUGGCGUGGCUCAAAGGCAGGAAGGGCUUAUUCCACAAUAAAUAAGUAAAAUAAUUUCUUGGUAGGAAAAUGUUUGCAGGCUUGAGCACAGCCACCACCCAAGAAAUUCCUUCUAAUAGGCACACCAUGCCAAUUUGCAAGCAUAAUCCCUGUCCUUCACCGUCAUUGGGUCAAAAACCUGCAGCUACCUACCCAUCAGCACAGUAAGGAUACCUUCUCCACAUAGACUGUAACAUUGCAUUCCAAAUCAGCAACAACUCAAGGCAAUUAGGGUUGAACAGUAAAGUUCUGCCUUGACAGUAAUGACACAAUCAUGAAUGAAUUUCUGUAUUUAAAUAACCCGAUUGUGCAAUCAUCUGAAGUUGUUUCCAAUCACUCUGCUGUUCCUGGUGAAUAAUAAAUCAUCAGCUCCUAGAGCUAGUCAGACUGGAUCAGCAAGCACCUGUAUUCAAAUUAGACAUCUCAGUGGCUGCUAUUUAAUACAGCUGUUACAGCUUUUCCACUACUGACAAAUUGCCUAGGGCUAUUUAUGCAUUCUCAUUAAUAGCUAAAGUGAUUGUUGGAAACCUAGAAUCAGGUUGCCUCACCAUUUACUCUUUUCAUAAAAUGAAUAGUGUACAUUUUACACAUGUACAUUUGUGUUAAAACAUCUUAGUAUCCAAUUUAACUUCUUGCUAGAACCAAAACUAUGACCAAAUUUUUUUAAAAGUUGAAGAAAGGAAAGAUUAACUGAGGACACUGGAUAUGAUAAUGCAGGAGUUACCAACCUAGGGUCCAUUGACCCCUUGGUUAAUGGUAGGGAUCCAUGGCAUAAAAAGGUUGGGAACAUCUGCUCUAAUGAAUGUCUUUUAGACCUCAAAUACACUAUUACCUAUAGUUAAUCUCUGUGGAUUGGAAAAAUAAACUAGAAUUCUAAAGUUCAAAUUGGCCAAUGGGAAAUCCAGGUGUAAUUCUCAUGCAUCAUUGCUCUAGUUUUAAAUUAGCUUUUUUUGGCUUUACUUUCUGUAUAAGCUAAUUUCCAAAACAACCUUCCAGUGUGAGUGGGGAGGUAAAGUAAUCUUGAAAUAAAAAUAUUUCCAUAUUCAGGUUUUAUAGAUGGAGUAACAAAAAGGAUUUGAAAUCAAUACCUUGUCCAGAACCUGUGAGAAGUCUGUGAUUUUGAAUUGAGCGUUGGCUCUUCCAGUGCUUCCCCCCAGGAUCAGUUUCUAGUUACAUAGAUGCACAGGAGUCAGUUUCUCCAGAAAAUUUAUUGAUUCUAAAUCUAUUAGCAACAUGGAAACAAAAUUUUAAAAACAGCAUUAAACUUUAAGCGCUUCCAAAGCCCUGCAGACUAUCUCAGUGGAAACUCGAGCUGAAAGUGUCCAGGGCCAGAUCUGAACAAUAUUUUGCAAGCUAAGUCAAAAUGCGUUUGAAAUUCUUCCCUCGUUUCCUUUUGUUUGGCCAACACAAGCAAAUUACAGAACAAAACACAUCACCUUGUAGAAAGUGCAGUCCCUUAAAUUACAUAUUUUUGAAUGUUCAUUUUGUAGGCUUUUUUAAAAAAUCAAAAAGCAUAUAAAUUCAUAAAUCACUGUUUUAGUAUAAAAAUCCGUACUAUUGAUAAUGAUCGCAAAUGCCACCAGAAAUCAGAGCACAACACCUGUAAUAGCACAACACCCAACAAUUGAAUACCUAGCAAGGAUCAAUCUUGUGUAAAACAAAAUAAAAUGUAGUUACUAGAAAUGUGAAGUAAAAACAGAAAAAGCUGCAAACACCCAGUUCGAAAAAGAAACCAAGCUAAUGCUUCAGGCUGAAGGCUUCUCAACCCCAAAUCAUUACAUUUUAUUUGUUCAAAGGACAAGGGAGGGACUAGGAAUGGUAGAAAAAUUUGCCAUGGAUGCUUGCACUGGAGGGAGCUAUAAAAGACAGCCACAUUGCUGUUCAUGAAGUCACAAAGGCAGUAGAUUGUGCAAGGAUGUUCUUGGGAUGUUGAUAGUGGGUUCUUGGUUGCCAGAGAUAUUUAAUUGAAGCUUUUAUCUACUGUGACGAGGUUGGAACAAUUGUCUUAGGAUCAUGCUUCUGGAAUCAGACAAGUUAAUACAAAUCACUAAGCCACUGUCCUGGGCAGAAUUAUUGAUCAGUUUCAGGAGCACCAACUUGGAGAUUGAUUGGUCACCCACAAAACUGGAAACAUCUACUCUGUAGUAAACUAUUCAAGUUGAUGAAAACUACCUGCUUCUGCACAGGAGAACAAAGAUGGCGGAAGUCAUUCCUUAAAAUUUUGAUUAAAGAUGGCCCUUAUAUUUUUGAACCCUUCUAUUAGUGUUUUCUAGACUUUAGUUCAUAGAAAGAGAAAAAAAUGUUUGCUUCAGCUUCAUAAUGGCUUGUAUAAUAUUCCUCAAUGAUUCAGUGCUUACAUUAUCCUGCUGAAUGCAGAGCUUCAAGCUGAGAAAAUAUUGAUUGAAUAAAUUUAUUUUUCACCCAAAAAUUAUGGCUUUUUUUUUGCUGCUAAAUGUACUUGCGGUAAAUUAAUCUGGCUGAGUGGAAGGUUUUGCAUGGUGUUGUAACUGUACACCAAGGCACAAAAUUAGCAGCCUAGUUUACUACAAGGACUCCUGGGAUGAUGUGCAGAAUGAAAAUGUUGCACCAGGGCUAGUUCAAGAAGAAGGUGCGAGGGGUCUUGAAAACCAUAGAAAAGAGAAUUACAUGCAACCAAAGUAAUAAAUGUUCCAAUCCUCCGACUGUAUCCAUUUCCUGUUUUUUUAAAAAAUUUCUUGCUCAGUUCCAUUAGUCAGCAAUGUUUACUUGCUAGCCCUUUCAUCUUAAAAUUUAGCUCCACUCAGCUAGAAAAGUUCAACCUGUCAGUUGCAGAAUCAAUAUCAAAAACAAAGGAGCUGGUUGUGGAUACAGGAGGAACAGAGACAUUCUCACCCCUAUUGACGUCAAAGGAUCUGGGGUUGAGAGGGUGAACAGCUUUAAGUUCCUUGGUACACACAUCAUCGAGGACCUCACUUGGUCUGUACAUACUGUCUCUGUGGUGAAAAAAGCUCUUUCACCUCAGACGGUUGAAGUAGUUCAGCAUGAGUCCCCAGAUCCUAAGGAUUUCUGCAGGGGUACAAUUGAGAGCAUUCUGACUGGCUGCAUCACUGCCUGGUAUGGGAACUGGACUCUGGACUCUGCAGAGAGUGGUGCCGACAGCCUAGUGUAUCUGUGGAUGUGAACUUCCCACUAUUUAUGGCAUUUAUAGAGACAGGUGUGUAAAAAGGGCCCAAAGGAUCAUUGGGGACCUGAGUCACCCCAACCACAAAUUGUUCCUGCUGCUACCAUCUGGGAAACGGUACCACAGCAUAAAAGUCAGGACCAACAGGCCCCGGGACAGCUUCUUCCAGCAGGCCAUCUGCUGAUUAAUUCACACUGAUACAAUUGCAUUUCUAAGCUAUAUUGACUGCUCUGGUGUAUACCUUACUGUACAUACCAUUUAUUACAAAUUACAAGAACUUGCACAUUGCGACAGAGACAUAAUAUAAAAAUUUUUACUCCUCAUGUACGUGAAGGAUGUAAGAAGUCGUCAAUUCAUUAUCACCCCAAUACUCAGUCAUCAAGGUCCAUUGUUUCUGUAUAGUGUGAAUCGGUCUGGAACUGUUUAAAUAAAAUCCCCUACUAACCCGUCUUAUGGUGUAUCAUGACUCCCUGACAACCAAGGCCACUAUAUUUAGGAAAAAUUAAAAUCUCUUUCCAUAUCUCAGGAUUCGCAAAGGCAGAUGUGAUUUUUUUUCAAAUGUACCACCACCACUGCACCAGCAGCUUUUGGCCUCUGGGAAAGAAGAGCAUUUGAAGCUCAAAACCAACACUUUGUUCAUGAUCCAUCUUCAAAGACAGGGACUACAUAGACUGAGCAAGCAGCACAG